AUGGCUCCCGCCGUCGGUAUUGAUCUGGGAACCACCUACUCCUGUGUGGGUGUCUUCCGCGAUGACCGCAUUGAAAUCAUCGCCAACGACCAGGGUAACCGUACAACCCCCUCGUUCGUCGGUUUCACCGACACCGAGCGUCUCAUCGGUGAUGCCGCCAAGAACCAAGUCGCCAUGAACCCCCACAACACUGUCUUCGAUGCUAAGCGUCUCAUUGGUCGCCGCUUUCAGGAUGCUGAGGUCCAGGCCGAUAUGAAGCACUGGCCUUUCAAGAUUGUCGAGAAGGCUACCAAGCCCGUCAUCGAGAUUGAGUUCAAGGGUGAGGCCAAGCAGUUCACCCCUGAGGAAAUCUCCGCCAUGAUCCUCGUCAAGAUGCGUGAGACCGCCGAGGCCUACCUUGGUGGCACCGUCAACAACGCUGUCAUCACUGUCCCUGCCUACUUCAACGACUCUCAGCGUCAGGCUACCAAAGACGCCGGUCUCAUCGCUGGUCUCAACGUCCUCCGUAUCAUCAACGAGCCCACUGCCGCUGCUAUCGCCUACGGUCUUGACAAGAAAGUCGAGGGUGAGCGCAACGUUCUGAUCUUUGAUCUUGGUGGUGGUACUUUCGAUGUUUCUCUCCUGACCAUCGAGGAGGGUAUCUUCGAGGUAAAGGCCACUGCUGGAGACACCCACUUGGGUGGUGAGGACUUUGAUAACCGUCUGGUCAACCACUUCGUCAACGAGUUCAAGCGCAAGCACAAGAAGGAUCUGACCACAAAUGCCCGUGCUCUCCGUCGUCUCCGCACCGCUUGCGAGCGUGCCAAGCGAACUCUCUCUUCCGCUGCCCAGACCUCCAUUGAGAUUGACUCUCUCUUCGAGGGUGUUGACUUCUACACUUCCAUCACCCGUGCCCGUUUCGAGGAGCUCUGCCAGGACCUCUUCCGCGGCACCAUGGAGCCCGUUGAGCGGGUUCUCCGUGAUGCCAAGAUUGACAAGUCCUCCGUUCACGAGAUUGUCCUUGUCGGUGGUUCUACCCGUAUCCCUAAGAUCCAGAAGCUCGUCUCCGACUUCUUCAACAAGGACGCCAACAAGUCCAUCAACCCCGACGAGGCCGUUGCCUACGGUGCCGCCGUCCAGGCCGCCAUCCUGUCCGGUGAUCAGUCUUCCAAGUCCACCAAUGAGAUCCUGCUUCUCGACGUCGCUCCUCUUUCUCUGGGUAUCGAGACCGCCGGUGGUGUCAUGACUCCUCUGAUCAAGCGCAACACCACUAUCCCUACCAAGAAGUCCGAGACCUUCUCCACCUACUCCGACAACCAACCCGGUGUCCUGAUCCAGGUCUUCGAGGGUGAGCGUGCUCGCACCAAGGACAACAACCUCCUCGGAAAGUUCGAGCUCACUGGCAUUCCCCCUGCCCCCCGUGGUGUGCCCCAGGUUGAGGUCACCUUCGAUGUCGAUGCCAACGGUAUCAUGAACGUCUCCGCUCUCGAGAAGGGUACCGGAAAGUCCAACAAGAUUACCAUUACCAACGACAAGGGUCGUCUCUCCAAGGAGGAGAUCGAGCGCAUGCUUUCCGAGGCUGAGAAGUACAAGGAGGAGGAUGAGCUUGAGUCUGCUCGCAUCCAGGCCAAGAACGGUCUUGAGUCUUACGCCUACUCCCUCAAGAAUACUCUCUCCGAGGGCAAGCUUCAGAUCUCCGAGGAUGAUAAGAAGAAGGUCGAGGACAAGAUCAACGAGGUCAUCGGCUGGCUCGACAGCAACCAGACUGCCGAGAAGGACGAGUACGAGUCCCAGCAGAAGGAGCUUGAGGCUGUUGCCAACCCCAUCAUCUCCGCUGCCUACGGUGGCCAGGCUCCCCCUGGCGCUGGUGCCCCCGAGGGUGGUGCCCGUUCCGCUGACGAGGUCGAGGAGAAGCCCGAAGAGCUUGACUGA